GGUCCUGUAACGACAGAGCUGCUCUACAGGUGGAGGUUCUGGCUUCAUAAAAUCCUCUGAUUAUACCUUCUGUUUAAGAGAAUUUACCUGAUUGACCAAUCAGGGUUGAAGAGGAACAGAGACAAGAUGGCUGAGAGGAUAAUAAAUCUCACCCUAGAGAUACUCUUCCAACUUACUGGAGAGGAUUACACAGUGGUAAAGAAGAAAACUUGUGAGCGCUCUCAGGCUCCAUUAUCUGAAGGAUGUAGAAGAACCUUGAGCCCAAUCACGGGGCCUCCACCUCACUCCCUGAUACAUGAGGAAAUCAAUGAACAGAAGAUCCUAGAACUCAUCCACAGGAUGAUUGAGCUGCUGACUGGAGAGGUUCCUAUAAGGUGUCAGGAUGUCACUGUCUAUUUCUCCAUGGAGGAGUGGGAGUAUGUAGAAGGACACAAGGAUCUGUACAAGGAUGUUAUGAUGGAGAACCACCAGCCCCUCACAUCACCAGGAAAACCCAGUAAGAGAAGAACACCAGAGAGAUGUCCCAGUCCUCUUCCUCCUCCACAGGAUCAUCAGAUGUUGAAUCAAGAUAAAGAUCUGAACAAUAUUAAUGCUACAGAGAUGCAUGUGAGGGGUGAUGACCAGUGUAAGGAGGACAUUCCUACAGAGAUGUAUGUGAGAAGUUAUGACCGGUGUAAGGAGGACAUUCCUACAGAGACAUAUAUUUGGGGUGAUGACCAGUGUAAGGAGGAAAUUCUUACAGAUAACCACCCAGAUGUCUGUACCGGGAGCUCAGAGGGACAUCUGAUAUCUUCAUAUUUUAAAGCAGAUGGUUGUGGUAUCACACAAGAUACAUGUGAAGAGCAUGCCUUUAUCUUAGAUGUACCUUCAGCUGUUGACAGUACACAUCUAUCAUCUGAUCCUCUUAAAAAUCUCAAAUCUUCUGAUUCAUCACAAACUUGUAAGAAGUCUAAAGAUCAUCAAAUGAGUGUUGUACGUGAAAUCUCUUACGAAAGGAAGAAGUCAAAGCCUUGUUCAGAAUGUGGCGAAUGUUUUAAGAAAAAAUCACAUCUUCAACAUCAGAGAACUCACACAGGAGAGAAGUAUUCCUGUUCAGAAUGUGGGAAAUGUUUCCCAAGAAAAAGUAGUCUUUUUGAACAUCAGAACAUUCACACCGGGGUUAAGACAUUUUCAUGUACUGUAUGUGGAAAGGAUUUCAACCAGAAGUCAGAUCUUACUGGACAUCAAAGAAUUCACAUAGGAAAAACAUUUUCAUGUCCAGAAUGUGAGAAAUGUUUUCACAACAAAGCACACCUUAAAAUGCAUCUGAGAAUUCACACAGGGGAGAAGCCAUUUUUCUGUUCAGAAUGUGGAAAAUGUUUCACCCAGCAAGCAUGUCUGAAAAGACAUGAGAGAAUUCACACAGGGGAGAAGCCAUUUUUAUGUUCAGAAUGUGGAAAAUGUUUCACAACGAGAGGACAGCUUGAUAAACAUCAGAAAACUCACAGGGCAGUGGAGAAGCCAUUUUCAUGUACUGCAUGUGGAAAGGGUUUUAAGCGAAAGCCAGAUCUUACUAUUCAUCAAAGAAUUCACACAGGAGACACCUUUCCAUGUCCAGAAUGCGGCACAUGUUUUAUCAAGGAAUCCCACCUUAAAACACAUCAGAGAAUUCACACAGGGGAGAAGCCAUUUUCCUGUACCAAAUGUGGGAAAUGUUUUAACCGGAGAUCACAUCUUGUUAGACAUGAGAACAUUCACAGAGGAGAGAAGUGAUUUUCUUGUUCUAACUUGAUUUAUUGACACAUAAUACAGAAAAAACACAACACUUAUAGUCAAAGUACACAUGUAGCAUUUAGAGAUGAGCGAAUCAAAGUUGACAAAGUGGAAUUCUAUCCGAAUUUCAGGGAAAAUUCGAUUUGCACCUAAUGCAAAUUUCCUCACGCUUUGUGGUAACGAAUCACA